AUGUUGGAUGCCAACCGCCGAUAAACCCCACUGAAGAAGAAGACAGCUAACUAGUUUGCAAGAGAGACGCAGACAUGUGUGGAAUCUUUGCCUAUCUGAACUACCAUGUGCCACGGACUCGCCGGGAGAUCCUGGAGAUCCUCCUCAAAGGCCUGCUCCGUCUGGAGUACCGUGGAUACGACUCUGCCGGUGUUGGAAUUGAUGGAGGGAACGGCAAGGAAUGGGAGGCCAAUGCCCGGUCUAUUCAGCUGAUCAAGCAGACCGGAAAAGUGAAGGCUCUUGACGAUGAGAUCACCAAGCAGCAGGACAUGGACAUGGAUGUGGAGUUUGAUGUCCACCUUGGCAUCGCCCACACUCGCUGGGCUACCCAUGGUGCCCCCAGCCCUGUCAACAGCCACCCACAUAGGUCUGACAAGAGCAAUGAGUUCAUUGUCAUUCAUAAUGGAAUUAUCACAAACUACAAAGACCUGUGGAAAUUCCUGGAGAGCAAGGGUUAUGAGUUUGAGUCCGAGACGGACACAGAGACCAUUGCCAAGCUGGUGAAGUACAUGUAUGACAACCGUGAGAGUGAAGACCUCCGCUUUGCUACUCUGGUGGAGAGAGUGACCCAGCAGCUGGAAGGAGCUUUUGCCCUGGUCUUCAAAAGUGUCCAUUACCCUGGAGAGGCUGUAGGCACCCGGAGGGGAGGUCCUCUGCUUAUUGGGGUGAAAAGUGACCACAAGCUAUCCACAGAUCACAUUCCUAUCCUGUACCGAUCAUCUGGUAAGGACAAGAAGGGCUGCCCCACCCUGCCCAGGAUGGAGCAGGACACCUGCCACACACUCUUCGCUGAGGACAAGAAGUCUGUGGAGUACUACUUUGCCUCUGAUGCCAGCGCGGUGAUUGAGCACACCAACCGUGUGAUCUUCCUAGAGGAUGAUGACGUGGCAGCAGUGACGGCCGGACGCCUCACCAUCCACCGCAUCAAGCGUACAGCCGGAGACCACCCUGCCCGCGCCAUCCAGACCCUGCAGAUGGAGCUGCAGCAGAUCAUGAAGGGUAACUACAGCUCCUUUAUGCAGAAGGAGAUCUUUGAACAGCCAGAGUCUGUGGUCAACACCAUGAGAGGAAGGGUCAACUUCGAUGACAACACAGUAACCCUGGGUGGACUGAAGGAUCACAUUAAAGAGAUCCAGAGGUGUCGACGGCUCAUCCUCAUCGCCUGUGGCACCAGCUACCAUGCUGGGGUGGCGCAGACUCGCCAGGUACUGGAGGAGUUGACUGAGCUGCCUGUUAUGGUGGAGCUGGCCAGCGACUUCCUGGAUAGAAACACACCAGUGUUCCGUGACGACGUCUGCUUCUUCAUCAGCCAAUCAGGCGAGACAGCAGACAGCCUGAUGGCCCUGCGCUACUGUAAGGAGAGAGGAGCCCUGACAGUGGGCGUCACCAACACAGUGGGCAGCUCCAUCUCCAGAGAGACAGACUGUGGGGUGCAUAUCAACGCUGGGCCAGAGAUAGGAGUGGCCAGCACCAAGGCCUACACCAGUCAGUUUGUGGCUCUGAUCAUGUUUGCGCUGUUGAUGUGUGACGACAGGAUCUCCAUGCAGCCACGGCGACGUGAGAUCAUCCAGGGCCUGAGAGUUCUGCCAGACCUGAUAAAGGAGGUGCUGAGUCUGGAUGAUGAGAUCCAGAGCCUGGCAGCAGAGCUGUACCAGCAGAAGAGUGUUCUCAUCAUGGGCCGAGGCUACCACUAUGCCACCUGCCUGGAGGGAGCACUGAAAAUCAAGGAGAUCACGUACAUGCACUCAGAGGGCAUCCUGGCCGGGGAGCUGAAGCACGGUCCUCUGGCCCUGGUCGACAAACUCAUGCCCGUCAUCAUGAUCAUCAUGAGAGACCACACCUACACCAAGUGUCAGAACGCACUGCAGCAGGUGGUGGCCCGCGCGGGCCGACCCAUCGUGAUCUGUGACAAGGAUGACUACGAGACCGCCAAGAGCUCGAGCCGCACCAUCAAAGUGCCGCACUGUGUGGACUGUCUGCAGGGCGUCCUGAGUGUCAUCCCCCUGCAGCUGCUCUCCUUCCACCUGGCCGUGCUCAGGGGCUUUGACGUGGAUUGCCCAAGGAACCUGGCAAAGUCUGUGACCGUAGAGUGAAACGCGUCCUUCGAAGCCUCAAAAAUCAAUUUCAGAAACCAAGAAGAGUGAAGAGAACACACUUUCCUCUUUUUACUCUGGUACGCUAAACAUAUUUGUCUGCUCUCAAAACGCAGAUCUGAAGACAUUGUUAUAUCAAUGAUAUGAAUUGUAUUGGUCUUUUGUCAGUGGUGGGAAGGGUUGGCAGUAAUGUUGGCAUUUGGGUGCUCUCGUGGGUUACAGGACUGUAGGCAGUUGUCCAACUGAAGAAAAGACUGAGCUGUAGCCAUUUUGUAUGAUGCACAACAGUGCUCAUAACUUAAAUGUUGGAUUCUUGCAGCUGGUUUUACAUUUAAUUCAGCUGUUUGUUGGCUAAAGAGUCAAGAGUCUGCACAUGAAAAUCUUACUGAAGUUACUGGUUCUUUUGGUGUUUCAUUGGUGCAAUAAUUUGGUGUGUUGGGAUCAGUUUUCUUUGGCAGCUAGAGAAACAUGUCAUUUGAAAUGUUUCUGUUACUCUUUGGCAGUGCAGUUAAUGUGAUUUUCCUUUUUUUUUCUUUUUUUUUUACACUGAGGUAGAAAUAACACUCUGAAAUUGUGAAAAUGAUGAUAAUGCCCUUUUUUGUGUAAACAUUUUAGCCUGUACAGGUGGGAUUGAACUUUUGGCCCACAUCAUGACACAAUGUGAUCUGAUUUAUAAUAGACCAAUGACUAUUGAUCUGGGUAAGGGGUGGGCUCUAGACCAUCCUAUCAGCCAAUCAAAUAUGUAAAUAUCUUCAAAUUUGUUUCCUAACGCCCACACGAUCAGACUGAGCAUUUCAAGGGCCAAAGGAGGCUCUGGGAAAUAAAUGCUAAAAAUAUAUAUUUUGGAUAAGUUUUCAUUAAAUACAUGUGAUUUAUUAGACACAGUGAUUAAUAUUGGUUGUAUUUUUUGAAGUGCUUCCAAGAAGUGUCCAUUAAGUCAUGCUUUAGUCUACUGACCUGUUCGAGACUAUUGAGAACUCCGUUAUACUCAAAAUACCAUGACAUAUUCUGUUGAUUUGUCUCUUGUACAAGUUUUGAAGGUUUUAAGGGUAAUAUGAAACUUGCUACAGACUUGCUUGUGUUUACUAUUGUGCACCUAUUUGUUUUGAGUCAUUGGCUAGGUUACAAAAUAAACUUGACAAUGAUUCACUCAUUGUGGUUUGGCGGACAUAUAGGAGAGUUAAACUCUUGCCUAAACCAAGUUGGUCAUCUGAAUAGUUGACUGUCCUGGCAUAAUCAUGCAUCAGUAAAAUUCUAACAGUUACUGUGUCUAAGUGACAUUUGAAUCAUUUCCUGAAGAUGAAGGCUAGUGGGCCAAUGAUCAACAUUCAUUACUCUAAGGGCUUUAUGUUACUAGCAUUGUGACAGUUUAUCAAUAUUCAACGCUUUUCUUGUUGCUGAGAAGGCUCAAUUUGGGUCUCCAUUUUACAGUAACUUGAGGCAAAAGAACCAAGUGAAAUGGAGUUGCUGAUCAGUGCGUAAUCUGCACCAACAUUUUGUCUACCCAUGCCCUGCCACCAUACCAAUUCGAUUGCAAUAUUGUGACUAUUUUCCUUUCUAUUGAUUUUUAUAUAGCCUUUAUAAUAGGAUCAAGAUGUCCCCUGUACAAAAAAAAAAGGGUUAUGCAAUAAAUAAAAAACCCACCUAUGUUCAUUUUGCUUUGAGUAACCAAAGGUGUAGUUUUAGAUGCUGUUGCUAGGGGUUUGUGUGUGUAAGUGUUCUGCCCACAAGACACCUACAGGGCAAUGCAGUAAGCGUGUUUGACUAUGUAGCUGCUAUUUUAGAACUUAACAUGUCAGCUGUGGGCUCUCCCAAAUGUCUAAUAAAUUAGUCUUUAUAAGCCAAGGAGUAAAGUGGUAUACUGGUUUGAAUGCAAAAGGGUUACUGACAAAACUCAAUGGGACAUUAGGUUCUUAGCUUAUUUUUGUAUUUCACUUUUCAUCUUAAGAUCUUGCUGUUCCAAUCAAGCCUUAAACCUUUACUUAGGUAAAUUACCUGAAAAGUAGUUUCCAGUCUUUGCAUCUGUGUUACGUUUACCGAGCCAUUGUAUCCACCUACGUUGACUAAAGACCAUGUUUUAUACUGGAAGUGCCAUUAUAAUAUAAUAAUAAUAAUUAGAAGUGCUAUAGUAACUCAUUUAAAAAUGCAGUGGUUUGACAGGUUCAGACUGGAAACUUAGUGGGUCACUUUAUGAACUGAUUUACUAGAACUGUUGCAAUAAAGUGUCAAGUACUAUA